AUGCUCGGCCUUUCAACCUUUCUCCCCAAGGACCCCUUCAACCUGGUGGUCCUGGCAGUUGGCGUGCUGAGCAUCUUUGUGCUCGCCACCUUUGCCGUUGCUUUCAAGCCCAAGGGCGAGUCGAGUACCUUCCAGGCGUACUUGAAGUUCGCCUACGCGUGCUUCUUGAAGCCACACACUGGGGACAAGCACGGAGACCAACAGGAUGCUUUGGAAAGCUUCUACAAGGCGCAAGCCGACGUGUACGAUGCUACGCGCACACGCCUUCUCAAAGGACGCGAGGACAUGCUGGGUUUGGUAGCAGCGCAGUUGAAGCACCGCUGUGAAGCUGGACUGAUCUCACAGAGACCAGUCUGGGUCGACAUUGGGGGAGGAACCGGCCAUAAUGUCGAACAGAUGGGCAAAUUCGUUUCUGUUCCCGAGUUCUUCCGCUCAGUCUACGUCGUCGAUCUCUCUCCCAGUCUCUGCGAAAUGGCCCGCAAGCGCUUCACCCGCCUCGGAUGGAAGAACGUCAAGGUCGUAUGCCAGGACGCCCGCACCUUCCGUCUCCACGAGCACGAACCGCAAGCACACCAGCGCAAGGAGAUGAUCUCGCAAGGUCAGAUAGUUCGAGAUCUCGACGAGAACGCUGACGCCGGUGGUGCUGAGCUCGUGACCAUGAGCUAUGCCCUCUCUAUGAUCCCCGAGUUCUACCCUGUCAUUGACUCCAUCUCCUCGCUCCUGAGCCCCAACGGCAUUGUUGGUGUCGUCGACUUCUAUGUCCAGAGCAGGGUUGAGUUUAACAGGAGGAAUUACACUGGUGGGGCCAUUAACAGGCACUGCAUGUGGAUUUCCAGGGUCUUCUGGAGGACGUGGUUCGAGAUUGACCGUGUGAACUUGGAGGCUGCCCGUCGUGACUACAUCGAAUAUCGUUUCGGUACUGUCCUCAGCAUCAAUGCCCGUAAUCACUUCUUCGGCGUCAGAAUGCCAUAUUACAUCUGGGUUGGGUGCUCAAAGGACAGCGGUUCCUCGACCACGAAGCUCGCUGAAAUUGACGCCGCUGCAACUGAAUCACCUUAUCUGUCCGCUCUUGAUCUACAAACUGGGCAUGUACCCACGGAUGUAGAAGUCCGAUCAAAAGCCUACGAAUCCGCCAUCGUAAACCUACAGUCCAGCCUUCCGCUUCCCGCCACAUGGUACCAGAACCACCACUGGCGAAUCCACUACGAUGAGACGCUUCCCAAGCACACCCGUUUCAACGAUUCCUACAUCUACGCUUUCACUUGGGAGGAUGACCGAGCCGACGCGCGACUUCUCAAGGUAACUCCCGACGAUGUCGUUCUCGCAAUCACAUCCGCAGGUGACAAUAUUCUCUCCUUCUGCCUUGAUGCCCCUCGUCGUGUCCACGCCGUCGAUCUGAACCCUACGCAGAACCAUCUGCUUGAGCUCAAGGUUGCCGCUUUCACUGCGCUGCCGUACGCCGAUGUGUGGAAGCUCUUCGGCGAGGGCAAGCACGUCGACUUCAGGGACAUUCUCAUCAAGAAGCUCAGCCCGCACAUGAGCUCCAACGCCUUCCAGUACUGGCUCAAGGCCGGCCCCAGCGUCUUCGAAAAGGAGUCCAGCAAAGGUCUCUACCACUCCGGCGGCUCAGGCAACGCCAUCGCACUCUGCGGCUGGCUCUUCCGCAUCCUCGGCCUUACCGCCGACGUGCAGAAACUCUGCGCAGCACAAACCCUCAACGAGCAACGCGAGAUCUGGAACCGCAGCCUCAAAGGCCUUAUCCAUUCGAAGUUACUCAGCUGGACCGUCUUCUCCAACGAGAAGUGGCUCUGGAAAGCGCUUGGUGUUCCACCAGCGCAACGUGCCGUCAUCGAAGCAGACUUCAAGAAGAACGCCGCCGAGUUCGACACCGCUACCGCGGAGCGCACAAGUAGCGGAAAUGCUAUCUACGAAUACGUCUUGAACACCUUCGAGCCAGUCGUUACAACCACACUGCUAUCUACCUCAAACCACUACUACCUCCUCACCCUGCUCGGCCACUACACCCCCUCUUCGCACCCCACCUACCUCUCCCCAAAAUCACACGUCAAGCUCUCCCGCCCCUCCGCCUUCAAUGGUCUACGCAUCCACACCGAUGAGAUCAGCGAGGUUAUUGCGCGCAUGCGGCCCGGAACCCUGACCAUUGUCGUUGUAAUGGACAGCAUGGAUUGGUUCCCGCCGACGGGCAAUCAGGCGGUGAAACAGAUCCGCGCUUUGAAUCGAGCAUUGAAGGUGAAGGGGAGGGUUAUGCUGAGGAGUGCGGGACUGGAGCCGUGGUAUUUGAGGACAUUUGAGGAGUGUGGAUUCAGUUGCAAGAGGGUGGCGGUUAGGGUACCCGGAGCGUGUAUUGAUCGGGUGAAUAUGUACGCCUCGACAUGGAUAUGUACUAAGGAAACGAGUUUAAAGCGUGAAGACGUGAAGCUCAAUCUCAGGAAGAGCUCUAUGGGCGAGCUUACUAUUGGUGCGCCGGCGCUCAGGUAG